CGGGCAUGUGCCCUGACCAGGAAUCAGACAGUGACCUCCUAGUUCAUAGGUCGACGCUCAACCACUGAGCCAUGCCAGCCGGGCUAGCCCACUUUUUUCAAGUCCAUAUCUACUGAUCCACCCAGUCCCUGUGGCACCACUAACUGUCCUGCAUUCGUUCUCACUAAGCCCCACUCGCCUACACCAGCCCCGGAUGCCACUGCUCCAGCCUCAUCUCAUCACUCCUGCAGCCAUGGGGACUUUUCUUUCUGACUUGGAAACAGUCCAGACCUGCUCCCCUUUGUGCUCUGUCUGGGGCUUCACCCAGCUGUUCUCAUUAUCCUGAUCAGAAAUCACGUCAGACGGUGUUAUGUGAGCGUUGUCCGUCGCAGACCGUAAGCUCCGUGCGAGCAGAGGCUUUGUGCGUUGACUGGUGUACGCUCAGCUCCCGGCACAGGGCCUGGCCCAUGGCUUAUGGUGAGGGCUCUGGUGCUGACUGUAGACGUCACGUCCAAAAAUUGAACCUGCUGCAGGGCCAGCUCUCGGAGGCGUCACCCAGGUCUCUGGAAGAACCUGUAAAUGCUGACAAGGAAAAUGCAGGUCCUGGGCAGGCUGAGCAUGUGGGUCCGCAGGACCACGCUGGCCCAGCAGGGAAGGUGAGAGAAGGAAGCAGGCGUGAGGACUGGGACGCUGGCCAGCUCACUGGCCCUUGGGGGGAACCACUAUGUCCUGCCCAGCGGGUCAGGGCCACGUCUAAGUGGGAACGAUUUCUUUUGCCACUUGGAAGCUCACAUGUGGACACAGGGCCCCCAACACCCCUGCAGAGGGACCCCAGGCCAGCGGGGGCAGCACAGGCUGAGCAGGGGUCCCCCAGGGCUCAAACUACAAAAGACGGGGGCCUCAGGACACCCAGUCCGCUCCAGCUUCCUUGGGCCACACACACUCCUACAUCUGGGCCCAGGAGGCCCUUCGGGGAGACCCCUGAGCAGUGGGGUGCAGGCCCUCAGGCAGAGGGCGGGCACUUGGUCAAAGGGGCACAGGAGCCACGACCUGUGCGACUGUGUGACCUCUUUAACACUGGUGAGGACUUUGAUGAUGUUCUGUGAGCUGAGACUAGUAUGUUAUUAUGCAGAUGUGGUAGGUACCUGAGCCCUCCUCCCCUAGACCUGUGUCCCUGAACAGGGUUCCCUGAGGGCUUUAAUUAGGGCUGAGGAUUUAUGGGAACUAAGAACCGACAAUAAACAUGACUUUCAAACGGA